AUGCAAAACACAGUAAUAGAAAAGGCUCGUGAUCCUGGAGGAAAGCUUGGUACGGUAGCGCCAGGAAAGACAGGGUUGGAGAAGUCAUGUAGGCUGCCGAAAAGGGAAAGGACUAGGAUGACGAUCUGUACUUGUAAGGUUCAAACGCUUGCACCGGAUGCGGGCAUUGAAGAUCUGAUGAUGCAAGCCAGGAAGUUCAAGUACGACGUCAUCGGACUGACCGAGACGAGGCGACGCCAUCCACUGAACGCCGUGUAUGACACUGGCGAAGAACUGCUCUUAGGAACAUGCGACACUAGAGGAGUUGUGGAGUUGUGGGAUGAGCAGGGAGAGAGGCUUUCCGAGUUCAUCAUUGUGACGAAGACCAUCCAUGGGAACUCGCAAUUUCAGAAGCCUCCUCUCUACGCUGGACAUGGGAGUCGUCCGAGGAAGGGUAUCAUAAUGAAAUUGACCACAUCAUCGUCAGUAAAAGACUUUGCCUCACAGAUGACGCUGUUGUACCAAAGUUUUAUGCGGGAUCGGACCAUCGCCUUCUUCGAGGAAGAUCUUCUUUCACACGGAGAGGAAAAGAAGUCGCGAAGUUAA